CUUUCUACAUUUUCUCCCACCAUGGAAUCAAAGUGAGCUUUUUCUUCUCCACCUCGCCCUCCCAUCCCUCCCGCAUUCCUCCCAGAAACAAGGAAGGAAGAAACGGAGAGAAAGAGGAGGAGGAAUCUUUGUCUGGAAUGGAGGCUCUCCGCUUCAUACAGGGGAUAUCCGCCCCUUUAAUGGCCGUCGGGUUAGAUCACCGGCAACUUCACCUCCCGCCUCCUGCUCAUCUUUCCACCGUCGCCCCACCGGAUGCUACAUCCAUGGCUAAUGAGAAAUCGAGAAGGGGGAGUUGGGUUAUGAAGAUUCUGCGCGUGGGUUCGUUGUGGACGGAAAGGAGGAAGGAGGAUCCUGUUGAUGAGGAGAAGGAGGAGGAGGUGAGGGAUGACGGGGAUAGAUGUGCGUGGUGCGGCGGGGAGGAUGGGGUUGAGGGAUGCUCUGUGGAGGAGAAGGAGGAGAGGGAUCGAGUGGAGUUUGAUGGGGAGUCGUUCUCGAGAUUUCUCCGCUCGGUUUCGCUUUCGGAAGCGAAGUUCUACGCGAAGAUGUCUUAUUUGGGGAAACUUUCGUACAACAUACCAGAUAUCGAGCCAGUUAGGCUUCUUAAGUACCAUGGCCUCCAUUAUGUGACAUCUUCAUUGGAGAAGAAAGCCAUUUUGUCUAAACUUGAGGGAUCAACACCAAAUCAAGUCAAAACUCUCGCAGAGCCAACAACUAAAAAUGAAGAAAAUAAGAUUGAUGGUGAAAAGGGUGGAGGCAUUAGUGCUUCUGCAGCCUAUGGAAUUGUUGCUUCUGCUGCCACCUAUCUGCAAUCUCAAACAAAGAACAUUCUUCCUCAAAGAACUGUGAAGUCAGAGGUUGGGGAUGAUCCCUCCAUUAGUGGCUCUUCAAAUGAAGAUGAAGCUGCUGUUACAAGCUCACAAAUGGAUUCUUUUGUUGCCACGACCAAUUCAGUCACUUCUGUGAUUUCUGGAGAGGAGGAGAUGAAGGAUGCUGUUGCAGAAAAUUUGAAUUCAGUGUGCUCCUCACCAUGCGAGUGGUUUAUAUGUGACGAUGAUAAGAGUCGAACAAGAUAUUUUGUUAUUCAGGGCUCAGAGUCUUUGGCAGCCUGGCAAGCUAAUCUUCUAUUUGAGCCUGUUCAGUUUGAGGGACUGGAUGUGCUUGUGCACAGAGGCAUCUACGAGGCUGCCAAGGGGAUUUAUCAGCAAAUGUUAGCAGAGGUUCAAGCCCACCAGAAGUGUCAGGGUAACAAUGCUUUUUUCCGGUUUACCGGCCAUUCUCUUGGAGGAAGCCUCGCCGUUCUUGUGAACCUUAUGUUGUUAAUACGAGGAGAUGCACCUCCCUCUUCUUUACUGCCGGUCGUCACUUUCGGUGCGCCGUCAAUUAUGUGUGGAGGCGACUACUUACUUCACAAGCUUGGAAUGCCUCGAACUCAUGUUCAGGCCAUUACAUUACAUAGGGACAUCGUUCCCCGUGCUUUUUCGUGCCACUAUCCGGAUCAAGUGGCUAAGAUUCUUAAGGCUGUUAACAGAAACUUUCGUAAUCAUCCUUGUCUAAAAUACCAGAGUCUUCUAUAUGCUCCAAUGGGGAAACUUCUAAUCCUACAGCCAGAAGAAAAGUUCUCUCCUCAUCACCACCUUCUUCCUUCUGGCAGUGGUCUUUAUCUCAUGGACCUUUCAUCAGCAGAAACUAAAGAAUCAAUGAAGCUAUUACAGUCCGCUCAAUAUGCUUUUCUCAACUCUCCUCACCCUCUCGAGACUCUCAGUGACCGUUCGGCCUAUGGCUCCGAGGGAACUAUUUUCAGAGACCAUGAUGUGAAUUCUUACUUGAGAUCAAUUCGUAUGGUUAUUGAAAAGGAGCUCAAGCAUAUUAGAAAGGCGAAGAGGAGGGUUCAUCGACGAGUACUUUGGUGGCCUUUCGUGUCUGCACAAGGAGUUCAGUCCGCUUUUGUUAUCAGCCUUAAUAUUCAUCCAUUGAACGUUGUUAAACAUCAGGUUAGCUUUGUUGGAAUGUUAAAUGGCGGUAAGGAGAUUUUGAAUUGGUUUACUAGGAUGGUUUCUUCUCAAUUUGUUCAUAUUUUUGUGUUAUUUUUAGUUCCAUUCAAAUUGUUGUUUUUAGGAACUCUCUCUCUUGUCAAUUUUAGGUGAUGAGCGAGGGGGUUUUGGGCCUUUAGAUGUUUCAUUCUUUAUUCAUAUUUUUAUAAGUGGUUUCAAGGUUGGGGGAUUGAUUCAAAUGUGUAA